AUGCCGGGCGAGAAGAAUGUCGGCCUUGAAGGCCAGGCGACAGCAUCUGGAUCGAUAACAGAACGGACGCCACUGAUCCCGCCGACGCCUACAAUCGUGGGCCAUCCAAACGACGAUGGACCUCAAGCUCUCGCGGAUGUAGAAGGUGCAACGAACGCAAGACCUCCAUCCCGACCAUCGACAGCGAAAUCCCUAGUAGACGAUGCCGGCCAUGUCGAAGCAAACCAAAAGAUCAGCUUGCUGCGAGGCGUUUUAUGCACAUUCGCACUGGGCUGCCUCAUCUUCCUGCAAGCCACGAAUAUCAGCAUGCUCACGACAAUCGGGAGCUACAUCGCCGAUGACCUGGAGGUGUACGAACAGACAUCGUGGUUCACCUCGACGUACUUGAUUUCAAUGUCCGCUCUUGGGCCUCUCAACGGAAAGCUGAGUUCCGUCUUCUCGCCACGGGUGUGCAUCUUCGUGGCGGCGGUAUUGAUGGCCAUUGGGGCGAUUCUAUGCAGCCUGGCGAACUCCUUUGCGUCUUUCCUGGUUGGUCGAGCAAUCGCUGGUGUUGGAGCUUCCGGCGUCUUCACCAUCUCGAUUAUCAUCGUUCUGGAGUUGACGGGCAGCAAGCGCAAAGGCAUCGCGAUAGGGACUUUGAACUCGGGCUAUACCGUCGGAGUCGCUAUUGGUGCAACGGCUACAGGUGCUCUGGUUGACUUGGUCGGAUGGCGGGCUCUCUUCUGGGCUCAGGCUCCCAUUCUUCUGUUUGGAGGUCUCAUACUCUUCCUGGCCAUUCCCCGAGACUUUACAUCUGGCAAACAGGACGAAUCUGGCUCCAGCAUGUGGAAGAGAGCUAGCCAGCUUGACUUCCUCGGUGCUGUGACCCUCACGACAUCCCUCAUCUUGCUCUUAUACGGACUCAGCUCGUCAAAGGAAAUUCCAAUCCUACCAAUCGUCCUCUCGAUCAUCGUAGGCACCAUAUUCGUUCUGAUCGAGCUCUACGUAGCGGCAGACCCAGUCAUCCCCGUCGAAUUGCUCAAGUCUCGAGGUCUCCUCCUGACUUGCCUCGGAACGGUAUCCUACAUGAUGGCACGUUGGUCGGUCCUAUUUUUCACACCAACCUACGCCAUCGCCGUCAGACAAUGGUCCUCGUCAAUCGGAGGCGCCAUGCUGAUCCCCACAAAUGGCGGCUUCGCAGCAGGAGGACUGCUCGUCGGCUGGCUCCACAUCAAACGACAAGGCUCCUUCUACGCAGCCACCAUGGUCUCCUACGCAAUCUUUCCCUUCACCCUCGUACUACUCGCCAUCUUAGCCCACCGCGAGGGCUCAGCAGCCGGCUUCGUAACCACACUCUUCAUCUGCGGUUUCGCCACGGGAGCCGCGCUCAACUACAACCUCGCGCAUCUCCUCCACCUAACCCCAAAAGACACACACUACGUCGCCAGCGCCCUCAUCGCCACCUUCCGCGGCUUCGCCGGCUCUUUCGGCAGCGCUAUCGGCGGAGGGCUCUUUACACGCACCCUCUCCACCUCCUUGAAAGCGCACUUCGCAGAACGUGGACUGCACCGCGAUACGCUCAUUCGCCAACUCCUCGGCUCGCCGAAACUCGUGCAGAAGCUUGAAGGAGUUGAUAAGGAUGUGGCGGUUCAGAGCUACGAGGAAGGGCUGCGAAUGCUGUGGCUCUGUGCUGCGGCGUUGGCGUUUGCGACGGUGUUUGUGCAGGCGGGGGUUGGGUGGAAGGGGCACAAGGAGAAGGUGGCGGAGCAGGAAGAGAGGCAGGCCCUCCUUCAUGAUGGAGAAGCUAGAGAUAGAGAGGAGGCGAGAUGA